CUAAGAUGCUUUGGUCACACUAGCUUUUAUGUUGCUAAAAAAGUUGGGGAAAAACGACAUUUGAUAUGGGAAAUAUGUUUAAAAACUAAACCGCUAGGUCUUCAAGCAGCUACUAGAAUGAGUCUCAACCUGGGGGGCUGGAUCCACAGCUUCACCGUGACGGACACCCAGGAGCACAAGGGCGGCUACACAAUAUACAAAAUCACCUCGAUUGUCUUCCCGAGGUCGGUACCUCAGGCUCUGACCUGCCUGGUGGUGUGGAAACGGUUUCACGAUGUCAAGCGGUUGCAUCGCGAGCUUAGCCGGCGGCACAAGAGUCUCCAACUACCCGGCAAGUUGCCAGUGCCCACAGAUAGCUCAUAUUUCAAGCGAUUCGAUGCGGCAGUCAUCCAGCGACGAAAGGAGUACAUCCUGCAGUUAUUAGACUUUGCCUCCCAGCAUCCGGCGCUGUACAAGUGCUCAACAUUCACGCAGUUCUUCCAGGAGACGCCCUCACCAAAUGGAUCGCCUCUUAAAAAGCUAUAUGUGGAACGAUCUUUACGGCUGCAGACGGAAGACAAUGGCUGCGGAGGUGGUGGAAGACCCGGUGGCUCGGAAACAGGAACGUGCGCUGGAGCCAUAGCCGACAUAUGCGAUAAACUAGACUUGCCCUAUGACCCACACGAUGCUGGGGGCAUCACGCCUCUAGAUCCGCGUUGUGAUAAGGAGCAAACAAGCAAUGAAUCCCAAGCCAAAGAAACUGAAACUGAAUUAGAAACUAAACAGGAACCCAAGACAGAUAUAAUCCCGUCAAAAAGGGAAUACGUACGCCUUCUUACGCCCAUGGCUUCCAUAGAAAGCGACGACAGCGACUACAUUUAUGAGGCGGCUCUAGAGUUCAGUCAUGCCGUUCAAGCGGAGGUAAACCUUGAGUACGCGGAAGCCCACGAGCGGUACAAGCAUGGUGUGGACCUGCUGCUCAAUGGGGCCAAGCAAGAUAGCAGCGAGGAGCGCAGAUUUAUAGCCAAGGCGAAGAUCGCCAAAUACUUGACUCGGGCUGAGGAGAUACACGCCAAUUUCUUGGCUAACGAUUGUCCGACAAAGAAGCUGCAGUUCCAGCUCUCUCUGGAUACGAUAGACGGCGGAAGUGUGACCCAUUUGGAGUGCCCCUGGAAUCAGUUGGCCCGCUACAAGGUGCUGCAGAUACUCCAAGAUCGUGUGAUGCAGGUGCAGUGUGUGACGAAAUCGCAGCAGCCGGUUGCCAUUAUGAAGGGCAUCGAGAAGCCGGCCAGUCACUCGCUGACCCAGAGCAUAUUUUUGCCCCAACAGGUGCCUUACAUGGUCCAGCUGCUGCUCUUCUUUCAGUCAGAGCAGAAGAUUUUCCUGCUUUUGCGGCAUGCCGAGGGCGGUAGGUUAUACGAAUAUCUGCAGAGCUACACGCCCACGGGUAUUAAAAGCGAAAAUUAUGAAGAACUUUUUCCAUCGGACCGAGAGCAUGAGGAGGAAGGGAAGGAGAAACCUCUUACAUCAGACAGUGACGUCAGUGAUUUGGUUCGCAGCUCCCAGCAGCUUUUAAAGUCCGUAACAAACACACUGAGUAACCUGCAAGCGGGAGUCGUUACGCCAAAUAAAAAAAUUAAGGCGGAUGAAAAUCGCAUCCGAAGUAAACCCAUUCCGGAGCAGUGCCUGCGUCAGUGGGCUUGCGAACUGGCCAUCGCCAUACACAGUCUGCACGGCAAGGGCGUUAUCCUGCGGGAUCUGCACAUGGGCAACAUUUUACUGGGCGCCAAGGGUCAGCUGUUGCUGACGUAUUUCUACCAGAACGAGGGUCUGAGCUCGGACGACAACUAUGUGCACAAGGCGCUGAGCUUGGAGGCAUUGGCUAACCACUUUGUGGCCCCAGAAAGACCGCUUACUUUCCGCUCGGACUGGUGGAGCUACGGCGUGGUGCUCUAUCAGCUCCUGCUGGGAGUGCCUUACAAAGUUACUCACCCAGGGCAACUGGAACUCUAUGGUUGUGUUCAGUACCCUAGCGAGUCCUUGGAAAUUUCAGAUCUUGCCAAGGAUCUGCUGGAACAGCUGCUGCAGCUUUCUCCGGAGCUACGUUUGGACUACGAUCAAUUGCAGGCUCACGCCUUCUUCAAAGGCAUCGAUUGGCAAGUGGUUUUGGAACAGGGCACUGUGUCCACGUGAAAAUAGCCACUAUUCGCUUUGCUUUUAUGUCCAUAAAGUAUUUUUGAUUUCGUACUGUACCUGAUAGGGAAAUUAUUCUAUUCUAUUUGUGAUUUCUUGCUUAGUUCUGAUUGGUAUUGAUUUUGAUUUCUUUAAAAGAAUCUGAUGUCGCUCCACAGCGAUUAAUUAUGUUCUGAAUCUGCUAUAUUAUUUUCUAAAUAUUGUAUAUUACUUCUUGUCUUCAAGAAGAUGUGUUAAAACCAUCCCUUUUGUUUUCAAACAUUUUAUGUUAUUCCUUUUUUGACCUGGAAGUUGAUCAAUUAUUGGUACAAAAUACGAUUUAUUUAUACGUCUAUUAUAUACAUUUGCAAAGUGUCCUAGUGUAUUGGUUACAGUUAUAAAUUUAACUAAAUUGAAUGUAGGUGUAACAAAAUUUGCAAGCCGUUUUACAAAAUUAGUAAGUAAUAAAUUUGUAAGCCAUUAUACAAGAUAAAAGGCAUUUUAUUGUCUAACUACACAACAGCAAAUGGGGCUUAGCCUACGAGUAGGAUAACUAGAACUAAAUUUGUUGGGCGACUAAGCUUCCCAGUGGGAGGUCACUUGUCUCCCGUUUGGUAAGGCACAUUUGGAAUGCAUUCUGGGGGCGGGGCUCUCGUGGCAGAACCCCUAAUCCUGGACUAACCUAGACUUAGACUGAAGAAAACCGCAUGAUUUGGCAAGACUUGUGGAUUCCGUUGUUGCAACUUGCAUAAUUUAACCUAAAAGGAACCUAUGGCAAUGUGAAAAUAGUGGCCAGAAACUGCGUGGGACUGGCCAGAAAAACUCCAACGGAGUGGAAAUAUUGACUAACAAUAAUAUUAUUUUCUUAGUAAAUAAAAUAUCAAGGUUCUGGUCUAAUACAUUUGGACUUUCCGUA